AUGCUUCGCGUCGAGCACGAGUGCGAAAUAGGUCCCAUGUACGGGGAAAUAUUUUUCCUCCCCGACCGCGGUCUCUUUCAACGAGUGUUAGACGCCUUCCGCCGUUUAAUGAUGGCAUCCGACAAGAAUCCAGGCACUCGCAAGUACUUGCGCAGUCGCGCCACAGUAAUCACCGAAAAGCGACGGCACUUGCGUAAUUACAAAUACGUCCUGCACCCGUGCAGCAUCCUCAGGCACUAUUGGGACUUAAUAGUGAUUUUAACGGCAUUGAGUUUAUUCCUGGCCGUUCCGUAUCAAGCGGUCUUCGAGAUAGAAGAGCGUCUGCUUUACUGGACGAUUCUCAAAAAUUGCCUCCUUGUCGUCUGCUGCACGGACGUGGCCGUUAAUUUCUUUACAGGGUACCUCGACAAUGAGCAGCGCAUCGUUGUGAUGGAUUUGAAGAAAAUCAUGAAGAGGUACGUGAGACACGGCACCUUCGUGCCGGACCUGCUGGGCUCUCUACCGACCGACCUUGCCUUCCUUCUAAUAUGGCAAAAAUACAAGGUCACUCGCGAGCUGACGUCUCUGACGUGCCUGUUCCGCGUGUUCUCCUUCGCUUCUUAUAUGAGGAAAAUCGCUCGCGCCUACGACGCCCCGAUGGCUAUCUACGACGUAUGCGUAGUGGUAUUCUGGUUGGUGAUCGCGCUGCACUGGCAGUCUUGCCUCUACUGGUUGGUACCGAUAGCGACGACCUCCCUGCGUCUGCCGAAACGUCCGAGCAACGACUCUUGGAUCCACAAGGCGCAUCUUUGGGAGGAACCGAAAGAAUGGCAGUAUCUGCUGUGUCUCCUGCGCGCCAUGCCCAUCUUCCUGAAAUCGGGCUGCUUGCACAGCAAGCCGAAGAACGAAGCGGACCUCACGAUGCUGCUCGUCCUGCAGGUCUUAGGCACCCUGACCAUCUACAUCCUGACCGGCCAAGCGAUGCAGCUGUUCAAGGGUGACAACAGCUCGAAGAUCAAAUAUCACAGCAACAUGGCGCAGCUGAAGCGAUACAUGAGGUACCGGCAGCUGCCGCGCACGACUCAGCAUCGCAUCGUGGCGUACUACGAGUUUCGCUUUCAGCAUCGCUACUUCCGCGAGAACGAGAUCCUCCACACCCUGUCCAUUCAGAUGCGGCAGGAAAUCGGCAUGCACGCCUGCCGCAAGCUCGUGGAGAACGUGACGUUCUUCAGCAAUCUGCCCUUCCUGUUGUUGACGCGCAUCGUCGCCCUGCUGAAAUCCGAGAUAUUCCUAACGAACGACGUGAUCGUGCGGGUCAACCAGCCGGGCGACUGCAUGUACUUCAUCGCCACCGGCACGGUGGCGAUCUACACGAGCUCCGGCAAGGAGGUGUGCCACCUGGAGGACGGCGCGCAUUUCGGGGAGAUCGCGCUGGUGAUGCCGGACGAGCGUAGAGUCGCCAGCGUCGUCGCCGUCGAGAUUUGCGAGCUGUACCGGCUGGACCGCGUCGACUUCGCCCGAACGAUUCAUCCGUAUCCGAUGUUAUGGGAGCGCAUCAAGAACAUCGCCGUCGAGAGGCACGAGAAAACGAUGAUACUUAAUAAUACCGGGCAAUAG